AUGUACGGCACAUCAACCGGUCCUCAGACCGGCAUCAAUACCCCUCGAUCCUCGCAAUCGCUCCGCCCUCUUAUCCUCUCACAUGGCUCCCUCGAAUUUUCUUUCCUCGUGCCAACCUCCCUCCAUUUCCAUGCCUCUCAGUUAAAAGACGCCUUGACGGCCUCAUUACCCGAACCCACAGAUGAAUUGGCCCUGGAUGACGAACCAUCCUCCGUCGCCGAGCUGGUCGCUCGCUAUAUCGGCUAUGUGGCCAGUGAGGUCGAGGAAGGCGAAGACGAUGCCCAGGGAAGCUACUUGGAGGUUUUGAAGCUUGUCCUUAAUGAGUUUGAGCGGGCUUUCAUGCGCGGAAAUGAUGUCCACGCUGUCGCGGCCGCCUUGCCAGGCAUCGUCUCCAAGAAGAACCAUGUUGUUGAGGCCUAUUAUGCCGGACGAGCUGCUGCAGGUCGCCCAACCAAGCCUUAUGAUUCGGCGCUCUUCCGCGCUGCUUCUGAGGAAGCUGCCGGCAUCUACACUGUCUUUGGUGGUCAGGGCAAUAUUGAGGAGUACUUCGAUGAACUCCGCGCAGUGUACAACACCUAUUCCACGUUUGUCGAGGAGCUUAUCGUUUCCUCUGCAGAGCUCCUGCAGUCUCUCUCACGAGAGCCUGAGGCGAGCAAGCUCUACCCGAAGGGGUUGGAUAUCAUGCAGUGGCUUCAGGAUCGGGAUUCUCAGCCAGACACCGAUUAUCUUGUCUCCGCCCCCGUCAGUCUGCCCCUCAUUGGUUUAGUGCAACUGGCUCACUACAUGGUUACCUGCAAGGUUCUGGGGCGCCAACCAGGUGAUCUGCUUGAGCGUAUUCGGGGAACUACUGGCCACUCACAGGGCGUGGUGACCGCUGCUGCCAUUGCCACUGCCACCAGCUGGGAGUCAUUCGGCCAAUCGGUAAAGAAUGCUCUGACCAUGCUUUUCUGGAUUGGUUUGCGAAGCCAGCAAGCUUAUCCUCGUACAUCUCUUGCUCCUUCCGUACUUCAAGAUUCCGUUGAACAUGGUGAAGGGGUACCGACCCCUAUGCUCUCUAUCCGUGAUCUCUCUCGGGCUGCAGUUCAGGGGCAUAUCGACGCAACUAACCAGCACUUACCCGAAGACCGCCACAUUGCCAUCUCUCUGGUGAACAGUGCGCGUAACUUUGUGGUGACUGGUCCCCCCAUUUCUCUCUACGGUUUGAACGUUCGUCUCCGCAAGGUCAAGGCCCCGACUGGACUAGACCAGAACCGAAUUCCCUUCACACAGCGUAAGAUUCGCUUUGUCAACCGAUUCCUUCCAAUCACCGCUCCUUUCCACAGCCAGUACCUCACCUCUGCGUAUGACCGCAUCCUCGACGACUUGGAAGAUAUUGAGAUUCCUGCCUCGUCCUUCUCUAUCGCCGUGUUCGACACCAAGAGUGGUGAAGACCUUCGUCAGUUGGGUGCCAAGAAUGCCGUUCCAUCCUUGGUCCGCAUGAUCACUCACGAUCCCGUCAACUGGGAGCAAGCUACAGUUUUCCCUGGUGCUACCCACAUAAUAGAUUUCGGCCCCGGUGGAAUCUCUGGUCUAGGUGUUCUCACCAACCGCAACAAAGAUGGUACUGGCGUUCGAGUCAUAUUAGCUGGGGAGAUGGACGGUACCAAUGCCGAAGUGGGCUACAAACCUGAGCUGUUUGACCGUGACGAACACUCUGUCAAGUACGCUGUGGACUGGGUAAAGGAACAUGGACCCCGGUUGAUUCAGACCUCUACCGGUGAGACUUACGUUGACACCAAGCUGAGCCGUCUUCUGGGUAUCCCUCCUGUGAUGGUGGCUGCAAUGACCCCCACUACCGUUCCUUGGGAUUUUGUGGUCGCUACAAUGAACGCGGGAUAUCACAUUGAGUUGGCCGGUGGUGGUUACUACAACGCCAAGACUAUGACCGAAGCCGUCACUAAGAUCGAAAAGGCUAUCCCACCUGGCCGUGGAAUCACUGUCAACCUGAUCUAUGUCAAUCCUCGUGCUAUGGGCUGGCAGAUCCCUCUUAUCGGCCGCCUUCGGGCCGAUGGUGUGCCUAUUGAGGGUCUCUCUAUUGGUGCAGGUGUGCCUUCCAUUGAAGUCGCCAAUGAAUACAUUCAGACCCUAGGCCUCCGUCACAUUGCCUUCAAGCCUGGAUCCGCCGAUGCUAUUCAACAAGUGAUCAAUAUCGCCAAGGCCAACCCUAAGUUCCCUGUUAUUCUUCAGUGGACUGGCGGCCGAGGUGGUGGUCACCAUUCCUUCGAGGACUUCCAUCAACCUAUCCUUCAGAUGUAUGGUCGCUUGCGCAAGCAAGAGAACAUUGUUCUUGUGGCCGGCAGUGGUUUCGGCGGGGCUGAGGAUACUUAUCCAUACCUCACUGGUGCUUGGUCUGCUAAGUAUGGAUACCCUGCAAUGCCCUUUGAUGGAUGUAUGUUCGGUAGCCGUAUGAUGGUCGCCAAGGAAGCACACACUUCAAAGAACGCCAAGCAGGCUAUCGUUGAUGCCCCAGGUGUCGGCGAUUCUGAGUGGGAGAAGACCUACAAGGGUGCGGCAGGUGGUGUGAUCACUGUCUUGUCUGAAAUGGGUGAGCCUAUCCAUAAGCUCGCAACCCGUGGUGUUCUGUUCUGGCAGGAGAUGGACCAGACGAUCUUCAAGCUCGACAAGGCCAAGCGAGUCCCUGAACUCAAGAAGAAGCGCGACUACAUCAUCAAAAAGCUCAAUGAUGAUUUCCAGAAGGUCUGGUUUGGUCGCAAUGCUGCGGGAGAGACUGUCGAUUUAGAGGAUAUGACUUACAGCGAAGUUGUUCAUCGUAUGGUCGAACUCAUGUAUGUGAAGCACGAGUCUCGAUGGAUUGAUGACUCGUUGAAGCGCCUUACUGGAGACUUCUUGCGUCGUGUUGAGGAGCGUUUCACCACCGCGAAUGGCCAGGCUUCUCUGCUGCAGAACUACUCCGAGUUGAACACCCCUUACCCGGCUAUCGAUAACAUCCUCGCCGCCUACCCCGAGGCUGCGACCCAGCUGAUCAACGCGCAAGACGUUCAGCACUUCCUUCUUCUUUGCCAGCGUCGCGGACAGAAGCCUGUUCCCUUCGUUCCUUCCCUUGAUGAAAACUUCGAGUAUUUCUUCAAGAAGGACUCUCUCUGGCAGAGCGAGGACCUCGAAGCAGUCGUUGGUCAAGAUGUCGGUCGUACCUGUAUUCUGCAAGGUCCUAUGGCUGCUCGUUUCUCUACCUCCAUUGAUGAGCCUGUCAAGGACAUCUUGGAAGGUGUCCACCACGGUCACAUUGCAGGCUUGCUCCGCGAUGUGUACGGUGGCGACAAGACUAAGAUUCCCGUGAUUGAAUACUUUGGAGGCAAACUCAUCGAUACCGAAGACGAGUCGGAGCUGGAAGGCCUCACAAUCUUGGAGGAGGCCAACAAGGUCAGCUUCCGUCUUUCAUCGUCCUCUGCUGACUUGCCGGACUUGGACCGCUGGCUUCGCCUGCUAGCCGGGGACAAGUACUCCUGGCGCCAUGCACUGUUCCAGACUGAGGUCUUUGUACAAGGCCACCGUUUCCAGACAAACCCUCUGAAGCGAAUCGUGGCUCCCACUGCUGGCCUUUUCGUUGAAAUCGCCAACCCCAACGACACUGCCAAGACUGUUGUCAGCGUUCGUGAACCUUACCAGUCUGGAAAGUUGGUGAAGACAGUUGAGGCCAAACUCAAUGAGAAGAAUCAAAUCUGUCUCACUCUGUUUGAAGGCCGAACUGCCGAAGGGGGUGUUGUUCCCUUGACAUUCCUCUUCACUUACCACCCGGAGACUGGAUACGCCCCUAUCCGUGAGGUGAUGGGAGACCGCAAUGACCGCAUCAAGGAGUUCUACUACCGAAUCUGGUUUGGCAACAAGGAUGUGCCCUUUGACACUCCCACCACAGCGAUCUUCAAUGGUGGCCAGAGCACUAUCACUUCCCAAGCCGUCGCAGACUUCGUCCAUGCCGUUGGCAAUACCGGCGAAGCUUUUGUCGACCGUCCUGGAAAGGAGGUUUUUGCUCCCAUGGAUUUCGCCAUUGUAGCUGGCUGGAAGGCCAUUACAAAGCCAAUCUUCCCUCGCACUAUCGACGGUGACUUGCUGAAGCUUGUUCACUUGUCAAACGGUUUCAAGAUGGUGCCAGGUGCUCAACCUCUCAAGGUCGGCGAUGUUCUGGAUACCACUGCUCAGAUCAAUGCCGUGAUCAACCAGGAUUCUGGCAAGAUGGUCGAGGUUUGUGGUACUAUCAAGCGUGACGGUAAAGAGAUCAUGCACGUCACUAGUCAAUUCUUGUACCGUGGCGUGUAUACCGACUUUGAGAAUACCUUCCAACGCAAGGAGGAGGUGCCUAUUCAGGUACACCUGGCUACCAGCCGUGACGUUGCUAUCCUUCGCUCUAAGGAAUGGUUCCGCGUGGAUGAGCCUGACUUGGAGCUGCUGGGCCAAACCCUCACCUUCCGUCUACAGAGCUUGAUUCACUUCAAGAACACGGAUGUUUUUAGCAAUGUUCAAACUGUCGGUCAGGUUCAACUCGAGCUGCCUACCAAAGAAGUCAUCCAGGUUGCCUCUGUAGAGUACGAAGCCGGUACUUCCCAUGGCAACCCUGUCAUUGAUUACUUGCAGCGCAACGGUACUUCGAUUGAGCAGCCAGUUUAUUUUGAGAACCCUAUUCCUCUGGGUGGUAAGACGCCUCUGGAACUGCGUGCUCCAGCUUCCAACGAGACCUAUGCUCGUGUCUCUGGUGACUACAACCCCAUCCACGUUUCGCGUGUCUUCUCCAGCUACGCCAACCUUCCCGGCACGAUUACCCAUGGAAUGUACAGCAGUGCUGCUGUGCGUAGCUUCGUGGAGACUUGGGCGGCCGAGAAUAAUAUAGGACGUGUCCGUGGCUUCCAUGUCUCAUUGGUUGGCAUGGUCUUGCCGAAUGAUGUGAUCACUGUCAAGUUGCAGCAUGUUGGCAUGAUUGCCGGUCGCAAAAUCAUCAAGGUCGAGGUCAGCAACAAAGAAACGGAGGACAAGGUGCUCCUUGGUGAGGCAGAGGUUGAACAGCCUGUAACCUCUUACGUCUUCACUGGUCAGGGUUCUCAAGAGCAGGGCAUGGGUAUGGAGCUUUAUGCCAGCAGCCCUGUUGCCAAGGAGGUUUGGGAUCGUGCCGAUCGCCACUUCAUCGAGAACUACGGUCUUUCUAUCAUUGACAUUGUCAAGAACAAUCCUAAGGAGUUGACUGUCUACUUCGGCGGUCCACGUGGCAAGGCCAUUCGCCAGAACUACAUGGCCAUGACCUUCGAAUCAGUCAACCCUGACGGCUCCAUCAAGUCGGAGAAGAUUUUCAAGGAGGUUGAUGAGACCACUGCCUCGUACACAUAUCGCUCCCCCACGGGUCUAUUGUCAGCAACACAGUUCACCCAGCCUGCUUUGACUCUAAUGGAGAAGGCUAGCUUCGAGGACAUGUCUUCCAAGGGCCUAGUCCAACGUGCCAGUAGCUUCGCUGGUCACUCUCUUGGUGAAUACUCUGCCCUGGCUGCUUUGGCCGAUGUUAUGCCUAUUGAGAGCUUGGUCUCUGUCGUGUUCUAUCGUGGCCUGACCAUGCAGGUCGCUGUCGAGCGUGACGAGCAAGGUCGUUCAAACUACUCCAUGUCCGCCGUCAACCCUAGCCGUAUCUCCAAGACCUUCAACGAGCAGGCCCUACAGUAUGUCGUGGAAAACAUUGCUGAGGAGACUGGCUGGCUACUGGAGAUUGUCAACUACAACGUGGCCAACAUGCAAUAUGUUGCUGCUGGUGACAACCGUGCUCUUGACUGCCUUACCAACCUGCUGAACUACCUCAAGGCUCAGAACAUUGACAUUCCCGCUCUCAUGCAGAGCAUGUCACUUGAGGAUGUCAAGGCUCACCUUGUGACCAUGAUCAAGGAGUGUGCGAAGCAGACCGAAGCCAAGCCUAAGCCUAUCGAACUCGAGCGUGGCUUUGCGACAAUCCCACUCAAGGGUAUCGACGUGCCGUUCCACAGCACUUUCCUGCGCUCUGGUGUCAAGCCUUUCCGGUCCUUUUUGCUGAAGAAGAUCAACAAGACCACCAUCGACCCCAGCAAGCUGAUCGACAAGUAUAUUCCCAACGUCACGGCUCGUCCCUUCCAGAUAACGAAGGAAUACUUCGAGGAUGUGUACCGGUUGACUAAUUCCCCCCCGCAUUGCCUCCAUCCUGGCCAACUGGGACAAGUAUGA